AUGGCUCUCUCCUCCCUCUUCAUCACCCUCUCCGUCCCCAAGGUCCCUUCCUCCAACUCCCGCCGCUUGCUCACCGCCCGGGCGUCCUCUGCCGCUCCCUCCGCCUCUGCUUCCUUCGACCUGCGCCGCUACUGGACCUCUCUGAUCGCCGAUGUGGAGUCCGAACUCGACGCCGCGAUGCCCAUGCAGCCUCCGGAGAGCAUCCACUCCGCCAUGCGCUACGCGGUGCUCCCGGGCGCCGGCAAGGAGGGAGCCGCCAAGCGGGCGCCCCCCGUGCUGUGCGUCGCCGCGUGCGAGCUCCUCGGCGGCCCGCGCGCGGCCGCGCUCCCGGCCGCCGCGGCGCUGGAGAUGCUCCACGCGGCGUCGCUCGUGCACGACGAUCUGCCCUGCUUCGACGCAGCCCCGAUGCGACGCGGGCGCCCGUCUACGCACGCGGCGUACGGCACCGACAUGGCCGUCCUCGCGGGCGACGCUCUCUUCCCGCUCGCCUACACCCACGUCAUCUCCCACACCCCGUCCCCGGACCCGGUCCCCCACGCCGUCCUCCUGCGCGUCCUCGCGGAGCUCGCGCGCGCCGUCGGAUCCACCGGCAUGGCGGCCGGCCAGUUCCUGGAUCUGGCCGGCGCCACCGCCCUUGGCGAGGCCGAGGUCAUGCAGGUCCUGACGAAGAAGUUCGGCGAGAUGGCCGAGUGCUCCGCCGCCUGCGGCGCCAUGCUCGGUGGGGCCGGGCCCGACGAGGAGGCCGCGCUGCGGCGCUACGGCCGCACCAUCGGCGUUCUGUACGAGCUCGUCGACGACGUUCGGAGCGCGUCGGGAAACGGCAAGAUGAGGAGCAACGCCAGCGUCCUGCGCUCCCUGGGGAUGGACCGCGCGCUCGGCAUUGUGGAGGAGCUCAAGGCUCAGGCCAAGACAGAGGCUGACAGGUUCGCGGAAAAGUAUGGCGAUCGAGUGCUGCCCUUAUACAGCUUCGUGGACUACGCGGUGGAGAGAGGGUUUGAGCUCCAGGGUGCAGCGGCAACUCCAUAG